AUUUAUAGUGCAGUCGGACGAAUAACUUUCAAUAUUGCCGAGUCACCUGUAGAUAAAAGUGUCGGCUAAGUUAGCUAGCUAGCUGGGAACAGGCAGCUAAGUAUAAACUGUUAAAGUUGCUAAAACCUAGCGGUACGUUCUUAAUAUUAUAUAUGGAUAAGCUUUUUUAAAGGUUAGUUAGAGCAUUUAAAGGUUGAAAAAGUGAACCAUAGUAACUUAAAGCGAACUGUGUGGAUACUGUUUAAAAGGCUAAAAGAGUGUAUCAUUAACUUAGUGGUUAGCAGCGAAAGCUAACGCAGUAAAUAAUACCGGCGGUUUAGUCACCGGUUGUUUUCAGUUAGAAUACAGUGAUGAGAUCGGACAGAAGUGAGUCGGGAGUUCAUUUAUUCUGAGCGUUUGGGCUCAAAUCGGGUUUUAAUGGGAGUCGGGUCGCGGUGCUGUGGUUGCGGCAGUAGGAGAGAUCCAAACAGCGUAAGGAGGAAGACGAGGCCUCGGCGGCCUGAAUGGAAUCGCUGGCGGGUUACGUUCAUAAAGCGGCCAGUGAAGGCAGAGUUCUGACCCUCGCUGCUCUUCUACUCAACCACUCGGCCGCCGAGACCCGCUAUCUGCUCGAGUAUGUUACACAGCUGGCUGGCCAACGCUCCACUCCUCUCAUCAUUGCUGCCAGGAACGGUCAUGACAAAGUGGUCCGACUCCUUCUGGAUCACUACCGAGUGCAUACUGAACAGACUGGCACCGUUAGGUUUGACGGGUAUGUUAUCGAUGGAGCCACAGCUCUUUGGUGUGCCUCAGGUGCGGGACACUUUGAAGUGGUCAGGCUUCUUGUGUCGCACAAUGCAAAUGUGAAUCACACAACACUGACCAACUCCACUCCUCUCAGGGCAGCCUGCUUUGAUGGUCGGCUGGACAUUGUGCGCUACCUGGUGGAGCACAACGCUGACAUCAACAUUGCCAACAAGUAUGACAACACCUGUUUGAUGAUAGCUGCUUAUAAGGGGCACACAGAUGUGGUGCACUUUCUGCUGGAACAAGGUGCAGAUCCGAAUGCUAAAGCUCACUGCGGUGCCACAGCACUGCACUUCGCUGCGGAGGCCGGCCAUCUGCAGAUUGUGACUGAGCUGGUGCGAUGUCAGGCUGCCAUGGGGGUGAAUGGCCAUGGCAUGACUCCUCUUAAAGUUGCAGCAGAAAGCUGCAAAGCUGAUGUGGUUGAGUUACUUCUCUCCCAUGCUGACUGUGACCCUCACAGUCGGAUUGAGGCUUUGGAGCUGCUUGGAGCUUCGUUUGCUAAUGACAGGGAGAAUUAUGAUAUCCUUAAGACGUAUCAUUACUUGUACCUGGCAAUGCUCGAGCGCUACCGUAACCCUGAGAGGGUCAUCACCAAGGAACUUAAUCCACCAGUAGAAGCUUACGGCAGCCGCAUGGAGUGUAGAACCCCUCUGGAGCUGGAGGCCAUCAGGCAUGACCGUGAUGCUUUGCACAUGGAAGGUCUGAUGGUCCGUGAACGCAUACUGGGCUCAGACAAUGUAGAUGUUUCUCAUCCUAUUAUAUAUCGUGGAGCAGUGUAUGCCGAUAACAUGGAGUUUGACCAGUGCAUCAAGCUGUGGCUGCAUGCUUUGCGCCUGCGUCAACGAGGCAACCGCAACACACACAAGGACCUCUUGCGUUUCGCCCAGGUAUUCUCGCAGAUGGUGCACCUUAAGGAGCCUGUAAAGGCAUUCGAUGUGGAGCAGGUCUUGUGCUGCAGUGUUCUAGAGAUCCGGCGCAGCGUGGCACGUCUGGAAACAGCGUCUGAAGCCGAACGUCCAGCCUGCACUGACAACUACGAAUCCAACAUCUUUACCUUUCUUUAUCUGGUGUGCAUCUCCACCAAAACGCAGUGCGAUGACGAGGGCCGUGCACGGAUGAACAAGCAGAUUUACGACCUGAUCCGGCUUGACCCACGCACGCGAGAAGGCUCAUCACUGCUUCAUUUGGCUGCCAGCUCCAGCACCCCAGUGGACGAUUUUCACACAAAUGACGUGUGCAGUUUCCCAAAUGCGCAAGUCACCAAGCUGUUGCUGGACUGCGGCACUUCAGUGAACUGCGUUGAUAACGAAGGUAACAGUGCGCUGCACCUCAUAGUACAGUACAACCGACCCAUCAGCGAUUUUCUUACCUUGCAUGCCAUCAUAAUCAGUCUGGUUGAAGCUGGAGCUCAUACUGACAUGACUAAUAAGCAGAAGAAGACACCGCUGGAAAAGAGCACCACAGGAGUCUCUGAGAUCCUUCUCAAGACACAGAUGAAAAUGAGUUUAAAGUGCCUGGCUGCUCGGGCCGUCCGACAGCAUCACAUCCUUUAUCGAGACCAGAUUCCUAAAAGCCUUGAGGAGUUUGUUGAGUUUCAUUGAUCUGUUUUUUAUAAUUACGUUUCAGUUUCUACAUUUUUAAAAGCCAAUAUGAUGGUGCUGGGAAUUCUUGAUGUAAUUUUUUAUUAUUAUUUCCCCAUUUAUUGAUGUGCUAGUAAUGAAUUGGUAAAUAACUUUUACUCUUUUCUCAUUUUUUAAUUGCCAGUGUCUUCUGACCGAUGCAAACAUCAGAGUCUCAAUUUUUCACUUCUUUUUGAAAUGACAUUUUAAGUUAUGGACUAACCUAAGUGUGCAUUGACUAUAAUAAUGGUUUACAUUCUCUGAAUACAGACUCUGAGUAAUUUUUAUUUUGGCAUUUUUUUGUUUUACUUUUAAUGAUAUUUUAUAUAAAUGAUUGUUUAGAAAAUUAAAGUCAGAUGAUCUAUUUUUUAUGGAAUCAUCGCUACUUUAUUGAUAAUUUAUAUUAAAUAACUAAUCUCUCUUAACCAGAAAACUUGUGAUGUCUGUGACUGGUUUAUUUUUCCUUUAAUGUACCUGCAGCAUGUGGUACUUAGUAUACCAGUGUGUGUUUUGGGACACAGCCAGAGAGAAUUGUAAGCAAAUAGCUUUCCCUUAUACUUAACAUUCAAACUAAACACAUGGCUACAAAAUUGUUAAAACACACACAAAAUACCCAAAAUAUAUGUUCAUAUGCUUAACCUUUAAUAUCAUAAAGUUAUUACCAUGAGUGUAUAGGUAAAAGUAAAGCAAUAGUGCUAGAUUGCACAUCCUUUGAAUAGGCUUGUACAUCACAGCACAUUCCAUCAAAUAGUUAACUAUUGUAAAAUUUUGGCUCUAACAGCAGAUUGUAUUUUUAGCUUUAAACAUAAUUGUUAUAAAAUGCAAGCCAAUAACAGAGAACACUGACAUUUGUUCUUUUGUAAGCAGUAAAUAUUGAGGAGAGCUAAUGGGCCCUUGUCAUUAACAGCUGACAGAUAUAAUGUCACAGUGUGAUUCUGUUUUCUCAGGCUUAUAAUGGAUACACUUGCAUCAAUUAUUGAUUUAACAAUUAUGUUUCAUUAGGUUCCAUAAUUAAAUACUAAUCAGUUCACCUUUAAGACUUGAUUUAAUUUUAUCUUCCCACACACAGUUGGUGCAUUAUAUUAUAUUUACUAAAAUUUGUCAUCUUUGACUUUUGGAUUGAUGCUUAAAAUGUCCUUAAAUGGAACACAGCCAGAUAUUUAUUUAUUUUUUAGAAAUAUACUAAAGUGUGUGUGUGUGUGUGUGUGCAUCAGAGAGAGAUACAGAUUUUUAAACUUUUUAUAUCUAUGUUUGCCAGAUUUUAUUAACAGCAAUGCCACUGUAAUGUCUACGGUAAUAGAAACUUAAUCUAAAAAGAUAUUUUGGGCCUAAUCUAAGUGGGCUGUCAUGCAACAUGUGGCCUUUAUUUUGAAUGCUGCUUGAUUUUUUUUUUGUGCGCGUCUUCCAUUCUUACAUGCUUCAGAAUGUUAAGGGUGUGUUUUAUAUUACUGUGAACUGGUGAUUGUGGAAUUGUUGAUUUUAAAUUUAACAAACCAUGAUUAAACCCCGACUUGAAGUUUUA